CCGACUAAGUGGUCGACUUCACCAAACUCGCGAUUAUAUCAAAUAUAUUCUGAUUAUAAGUUAUAGUAACAAUAUUUCGAAUUAAAUUUUAAUAACAAUUUAUUUUUUUAAUAAAAUCUAAGUGAGAUAAAGUGACUGAAUUUUGGAGUGUAAUUCUUUUGAUUUAGGACAAGUAAAAUUAACAAUGGGGAUGGGCUGAAUCACUUACAACUUAUUUCAACAACAUUAUUAAAAAUAAAAAAUGACGAACAAAUCGCAGAUCCUUUAUAAUAUAUUUCAAGAGAUACUGGCCGCAUCCGGCAACUCUUCGGAUAGCCAGAGUAUUAAUGAGACCAAGAUCUUGUCAGUAUUACGUGAGCAGGCUACCAAAGGGCAGGGUAAUAACUUGGGUUCGAUUCUAGUGAAAGUUGUGAGUGAUGCACAGAGCAAACUGAACCUCAGCAUCAAACCCGACCCCUGUGGCUACUGCGAUGGUGACUUCAGGCAUGUAAUAGAAACAUACAAUGGAAUUCACGGAUACGUCAGUUUAUUGGUGUGUACUAUUGGUGUUCUGGCAAACUCUAUGAAUAUUGCUGUACUCACUAGGAAGGAUAUGGCUGCUGCACCAAUCAACCGUCUACUGAAAUGGCUUGCUGUUGCUGAUGUUUUUGUGAUGGUCGAAUAUGUACCUUUCUCGAUAUAUAAAUACUUAGUUUUGCCCGAAAAAUUAGAUUUUCCAUAUUCUUGGGCGAUGUACCUACUAUUUCAUAUGCACUUUGCUCAAAUCCUACAUACGGCGUCUAUCUGUCUCACACUCGCUCUGGCCAUAUGGAGAUAUGUCGCCAUUAAAUACUCCGACAGAAGCCAUAUACUUUGCACAGAGCGGAGAUGCAGCCUCGCAAUCCUUACAAGCUUCAUUCUUCCGCCGAUAUUGUGUACUCCGACAUUUAUGGUAUUUGAUAUCCAUACAAAGAACGUGAGUGACGUCAACGGCAACCCUGACAUCGCGUACCACGUCGACUCUGACAGUCAGGGCACUUUGUACCAAAUAAACUUUUGGGUGCACGGAGUUAUCAUCAAACUGUUACCUUGCUCGAUACUAACCGUUAUAAGUCUGUGGCUUAUCGGAGCUUUGUACAGCGCCAACCAGCAUCAGAAGAAUUUGAGGAACUACAGCGCGUGCCCCUCAGCAGAGAAGAUGGUGAAACGUCAGCACAAAGCAGACAAAAGAACUGACAGAACAACAAAGAUGUUACUGGCAGUGUUGUUACUGUUUCUCGUCACAGAACUUCCUCAAGGCAUCAUGGGACUGAUGAGCGGUUUGCUCGGGCCCUGCUUCUUCAAGCGAUGCUACAAUUUAUUCGGAGAGAUCAUGGAUAUGUUGGCGCUGGUGAAUGGAGCUAUCAACUUUAUUCUGUACUGCUCGAUGUCCCGUCAGUUCCGGCAGACGUUCCGGCAGCUGCUGCUGCAGCGACCUCUUGCACGAUUCCUGCCGCCCGCAGCCUCGCACUCCGAGUCCCACAACCAAAACACGUGCUCCGAAAAGAUAAAAAGAUAAUUCUGGAACAACAUCGUAACCUGUCGACAGCGAAGACGUCGGUGCCUUGAGGUCGGGUUCGCCAGGCAAAUGUUCCCGCUGUGUGCGAACAUUUCCUUUAAAAACUGUCAAUUGUCGCAAAGACUAAGUAGCAGUGGAGGACUUUUAUUUCCUACCCAUUUUGGCGAAGUGAUAACUUUUAACCACGUAAAAUACUAAAGUGUGGUUAAGUCACUACAGUGGUGACAGUGACAAUAUUCGAUCCUAAAUGGGAAGUGAAUUUAUUUCUUUUGCUGUGAAUACGUUAAAUAACUUGCGAAUAUUAAUGUGUCAGUGCUUUUUAAACUUUUGUAAAUGUUAUGUACGUGGUACGUAUUUAUAGCUAAUCACGUGUGGAAUGUAUCCAAGUUACAAAUAAGUUUGUUAUUGUCACGUUAUUUGUAUUAAACUAUGGGAUUGCAUUGUAUUAUGGUUAAAUAUAUGACCAUCACGGACAGGCCGACGCAGCGUGGAAAGGCCUCCCGCAAUGAUCCGAUGAUCUGGUCACGGUUACGGGAGCAUCCUGGAAGCGGGUAUCUUUGGGGGAGGCCUAUGCCCAUCAGUGGGCGUUAUAUGGCUUAAAAAACAUGUAUAAAUAUAUACGUAUAAUGUAUUGUUUCUAUUUAAUAAGUACAUUUGUAGUAAUUAUAACAAUUGAUGUCAUUUAUAAAUAUAUUAAUACGCCUUGAUGUGGAAUCGAGAACAUAAAUAAUGUACUCAUAAUUUUUUUAAACGUAUAGAUAGUGAUAUUGGAUAUUAUAUAAUUUAGUUAGAAUACAGUCGAACCUGGAUAAUCGAAAAUCAAAACGAUCGCGAUAUUUUCGAAACUGACUUAUGAAGGUUGUCGCCUAUCCAGGUUCAACUUUGAAUUAAUUUUACUAUAUAAACACUAGGACUUUGAGUAUAAAAAUGUUUUACAA